GGUGUGUUUCCCCAAUUCAGCAGACCUUUUAUCUGCAAAUUUUGUUCGAGAAAAGCAAUUAUGGUUCCCCAAGAGUGGCUUGUUGAAGACGAGAGCGCCAAAGAGAUGCUCGAUAGGGUUCAGACGGAUCGGCCCUUCUUGCUUCUUCCUCCUCUUCAUCGGGUUCCUCUGCGCGUCGGCAAUGUCGUCGAAAUUGUUGGUCCUUCUCCUUCCGCCAAAACCCACAUCUUGAUUCAGGCUGCAAUCAACUGCAUCCUGCCUCAAGAGUCGGAUGGCGUCAAGUAUGGAGGACUCGGGCAUUUAGUGAUGUUCCUAGAUUUGGAUUGUCGCUUUGACAUUUUACGGUUUUCGGAAUUGCUCAAGCUUCGGAUCUUGGAAGCCAGAGGAUCUAAGGAUGUUGAAGCUUGGAACUAUAAUGAGAGAAUGAAACCUUACAAUGAGGAACUAUUUGCAUUUUGCAUAAGACGGUUCAUAUACUUACGUUGUCAAGAUAGCUUGGAAUUUCUGGCUAGUCUUAAGACAUUACAUUAUCGUCUUCAAAAGGAAAGGGAAGCACAUGGAAUUGGUGUUCGUUUCCUUAUGAUUGACAGGUUUUAGUUAAGAAUUGAAAUUAUUACUGUUUUAAAUAUUUUUGCUGCUAUUUUUUUUUAUUAUUGUUGGAUUGUAUUUUUUAUUAGCUAAUUUAUUGGUAUAUUAUUUAUGUUGAAGCAAGAAUUUUGGUCAGAGUAGUGUGUUUAAAGAGUAGUGGAAGAACAAGUGUCAUAGCUGUUAAACAUAUAUGGAAAGACUUACAGUAGAAUUCUAUGAAAUGUUUUUCAUUAGAAACCAAGUGUGAUGUGUAGAAGAAUUUUUUUAGAGAUCAUCCUUGAUCUCUAUUUUUGUUUCUGUAAGAUCUCAAACUUACCUCAUAUUCUCGAUUUAGCCCUUGUACAUUUUAGAGACAUUGCUGGGAUGGACAUAGACAUGCACCCAAAUUUUCUUAGAAAAUAAAAAAUCAGAUACUGU